AUGAGAAUUUUCAUUGUAGGCGCAGCCAAGGAGGUUAUGAGCAAUUGCGGGGAAGAGAAGGGAAGAGACGAAGGCUCGCUCGCAAUGCUGCAUAUUGCUCUCGCUCGUAUAGCACGCUCGUCCAGCGCUACCACCAGCCCUUCGCUGACCUUCGAUGCCGCGCCGCCUACCGCUGCCGUACCCGAAUUCACACCGAAUCCCGACGGCGAGGACCAAGUCGAGCGGAUAUCGGGAUUGUUUAAUUCGCACCUGAUACUCGUGGACGAUGUUCGCGAACUAUACAAGGAACGUGUCGCACUCGAGCGUGACUAUGCCGCAAAGCUGCAGGUCCUCACGAAGAAAGCCGCGGACAAGAAGGCCAAAACGGAGACAGCUGUUGUCAUCGGGGAUGAUCCCACCAAGGCCUGGGAUGAGCGAACGAUGCGCCAAAGCACGCUGAACACGGCUUACGAUGCUCUCAUCAAGUCGUUGACGGAUGCCGCGCAGGAUCAUGUCAACAUCGCAGACGCGGUGUCCACGCAGGUCAUUGAGGUGCUCAAGGGCCUUGAGCGCAAGAACGAGGAGAGCAUGAAGAAGGAAAUGGCGUUUUACCAGAAACUUUUGGCUGACAGAGACCGCACCUACAACGACAGGAUCAAGUACGACGAAGAAUGCGGGGAAGUCGACGUUCACAGGCAGAAGCAGGGUCGUGCACAAGACGACAAGCAUGCAGAGCGGGCCGCACGACAAGCGGACCAGCAGCGCGUGGACAUGCUGAACAGCAAGAACAAUUACCUGAUCGCAACCGCCGUGGCCAACAGAGCAAAGGCCAAAUUCUUCGAAGAAGAUCUGCCCAGCCUCGAAGACGUGAAAGGGCUGCUAACGCGCCUGGUGCAGCGCUUCUCCAAGAUACUGCUGCACGCGCAGGCGCUCGAAUCGGCGCACCUCGACACGCUCAAGGGCCGCGUGGGCGCCGUCGAGGCCGCGUUCAAUGCAGUGGACACAGGCGCGGACCAGCAGCUCUUCAUCGAGUAUAAUAUCCGGCCCUUCGCGGCGCCACCUGACUUCAAGUUCGAGCCGUGCACGAACUAUUACGACACGGACGAGAUGAGCGUGGAGGAGCAGCCCAAGAUAUACCUGCAGAACAAGCUCGUGCGCAGCCGCGGCAAGCUGGCGGAGGUGGACGCGGUCGUGGACGCGAAGCGCCGGGAGGCGCAGAAACUGCGCGACCUGGUCGGCGCGUAUAGCGCUGAUCAUUCGCUGGGUAAUAUCGAUGAUAUAUCUGAUAAUUACUUGGAGGCCUAUCAUCAGCUCGUGUUCUUCUCGACAUCGCAGGCGAUCCUUAAUACUGAGGUGGACACAAUUGUCGCCGCCGUCGGGAACGAUACUGGCGCUAUGCAACCUCACACGUUCAAGAGCUCGUCAUUCUCUAUUCCAACUCAGUGCGGCUAUUGCAAGUCGUCUAUUUGGGGUCUUAGCAAGCAAGGGAAGACGUGCAAGGCGUGCGGCUUGUCGGUACACGCUAAGUGCGAAUUGAAGGUACCCUCGGACUGUUCCGGGUCCAAAGGCGCCCGGCAAUCCACCCUGGGUCGCUCCCCGACGUCGUCGUCCCAGGCCAGCGCCUCAUCGCGCACCAGUGUGGCAUCGCGGGCGAGCAAGAUGCCACCACCCGAGUCUCCGUCUUCAUUCGUGCGGACGGAAGAGACGUACGAGGAGUCGUACCCCACCGCGCGCGUCGUGUUCGACUUCACGCCCUCCUCGGAGUUUGAGUUGGCUGUGAGGGAGGGGACCUUGGUUAGCGUCGUAGAGCCGGAUGAUGGGUCUGGAUGGGUCAAGGUUGCGGAUGGGAGCGGGAAGUCGGGCCUUGUGCCGGCUUCUUAUAUCGAGGCGGCCGAGGAGGAGGAGGUGGCGACGCCUGCCGCUCAGCAGCAUUACGGGUCCGGCAAAUAUGUCCGAGCCAUCUACGAUUAUCAGGCUGGCGGCUCGGACGAGCUUCCGCUCGAGGACGGCGAGCUUUACGAGCUCUCUAGCGGACCAUCCGGCGGUCAGAACUACGGUGACGGAUGGUGGGAAGGCUUUGAUGCGAAAGGACGCAAGGGUAUAUUCCCGAGCAACUACGUGAGUCGAAUCUUGCCUUCAAAGCGGGAUCAUUCUGAUCUCGAAAUUGGGAUCUUCACGAAGGGGGAGCCAUAUUUCGAGGACGGCAACCUUAUCCUAGCAACUCACGACACGCCCACCCUGUUCAAAGUCCACCGAGGCGUCCUCGCUCGACAUUCCGAAGUCUUUCAAGAUAUGUUCGCCUUCCCGCCGGCGCAGUACGAAGCUGAAAUGCUGGACGGUUGCCAGGUCGUCGUCAUGCACGACUUGCCGCUCGAGCUGGGCCAUCUGAUCAAGGCGUUGUACGACGGCCCACACUUCGGCAACGACUCUGUCGCCGACUUCCUCUACCUGGCAGGCAUACUUCGUCUCGCGACAAAGUACUUCAUCGGGCACCUGCGCUUUAGCGCCAUUCGACAUCUGGUCCAAACCUGGGCCACCACACUGAAGGGUCACGACGAUAUGGUCGAGACGGCCCUCCACGCUCCGAUCGUCGACAACAUCUCGUACCCCUACGCGCACCCACUUCUUGUCCUCAACCUCUGUCACGAAGUCAACGUGCGCAUCGUUCUGCCCUCAGCGCUGUACUUCCUCUCACUCUACCGCCUCGACGACAUCAUGUCCGGAGAGCACCCAAAGCUCGCGGCGGUCGCCGAGCACCCGUCGAAGCCCUCGGCGGAGUUCUUCCACUACAAGGAGUACGCACUCAUCCUGCAGUUCCGGAUUGACAUCAUCCUAGACUUCGUCCGCCGUUUCUGCUCGCAACACACGGUAGCGCCAGACUGCCGCCAAUCGACCGUCUGUCAACGUGCGCUAAACAGGCUCGCAUCGCGAUUAUCGCGCUCAUGGACGAUGCGAACCGGCCCUUUCCACUACAUGAAGCAAGCCGUGACCGAGUUCUCCGAGGACAGCUCGACAUGUACGUCCUGCAAGCGGAGGUUCCAGCAGGAGGUGCAGGAGCACCGCGAGCAGCUAUGGAAAGAGCUACCCCUCAAAUGCUGUCUACCUUCGUGGGAGCAGCUAGAGGCAGAGGAGCUAUCCCCAUAG